GGAAAGAUUUUGACGUGUGUGUAUGCAUGGCAGAGUGUGUUUCCGGUAUAACGUGUGUGUUGAUCGGUGCUCAGCCUUUUUCUCUUGGCUUUCAGUAGAACAGGCACUCACUUCAGAGUCCCAGCUCCCUUACCUGGUCACCCCUUAACGGCGUUAACGUUAUCUCCUAAACGGUUGGACAUGGCAUCGGUUUCGGCACCAGCUCAGACAGCACCUUCUCCGGCUGCUGCUCUGCAGAGAGGAAUUGUGAAAAUGGUCCUGUCAGGCUGCGCCAUCAUUGUCCGGGGCCAGCCUCGAGGCGGCCCACCCCCGGAGCGUCAGAUCAAUCUCAGUAAUAUCCGAGCUGGGGCCAUGGCCCGUCGAGCUGCUCAGGGCCAGCCCGACACCAAGGACACCCCCGAUGAGCCAUGGGCGUUUCAAGCCAGAGAGUUCCUGCGAAAGAAGCUAAUCGGCAAAGAGGUGUGCUUCACUGUGGAAAUCAAGACCGCUUUGGGCAGGGAGUACGGCAUGGUGUACCUGGGGAAAGACACAGCAGGCGAGAACAUUGCUGAAUCUCUGGUGAGCGAGGGCCUCGCCACAGUGCGCAGGGAAGGAAUCAGGGGGAACAAUCCAGACCAGGCCAGACUCUGUGAAUUGGAGGACCAGUCCAAGGCUUCCAAGAAGGGCCAGUGGAGCGAGGGCGGCGGCACACACACCAUCCGCGACAUCAAGUACACCAUAGAGAAUCCCCGCAACUUUGUUGACUCCUUGCACCAGAAGCCUAUCAACGCCAUCAUUGAGCAUGUGCGUGACGGCAGUGUUGUUCGUGCCUUGCUGCUCCCCGAUCACUACCUGGUCACCGUCAUGCUGUCUGGAGUGAAGUGUCCAACAUUCAAGAGGGAAGCGGAUGGAACAGAGACACCAGAGCCAUUCGCAGCAGAGGCCAAAUUCUUCACUGAGUCCCGUCUUCUGCAGAGAGAUGUUCAGAUCAUCCUGGAGAGCUGCCCCAACCAGAUCAUCCUGGGCACCAUCCUUCACCCGAAUGGUAACAUCACAGAGCUCCUACUGAAGGAAGGCUUCGCCCGCUGUGUCGACUGGUCCAUGGCUGUGUACACCCAGGGAGCCGAGAAACUCAGAGCUGCUGAACGAUCUGCUAAAGAGCGCAAGGUCCGCAUCUGGAAGGACUACGUGGCACCCACAGCCAACUUGGACCAGAAGGACAGGCAAUUUGUGGCCAAGGUGAUGCAGGUGGUCAACGCUGACGCCAUGGUGGUGAAGCUGAACUCCGGAGAGCUCAAGACCAUCCACCUGUCCAGCAUCCGGCCCCCCAGAAUCGAGGGAGAGGAGAAAAACAAGGACAAAGACAAACGUUUCCGUCCGCUCUACGACAUCCCCUACAUGUUCGAGGCCCGUGAGUUCCUGAGGAAGAAGCUCAUCGGUAAAAAGGUCAACGUGACAGUCGACUACAUCAGAGCAGCUACCGGUCCAGGAGAAAGCACACCUGCAUUCUCAGAACGCACCUGUGCUACAGUCACAAUUGGCGGCAUUAACAUAGCCGAGGCUCUGGUCAGUAAAGGCCUGGCCACAGUCAUCAGAUACAGACAGGAUGACGACCAGCGCUCCUCCCACUACGAUGAGCUGCUUGCCGCAGAGGCUCGGGCCAUCAAGAACGGGAAAGGGCUGCACAGCAAGAAGGAGGUUCCCAUCCACAGAGUGGCUGAUAUCUCUGGGGAGACACAGAAAGCCAAGCAGUUCUUGCCCUUCCUGCAGAGGGCUGGCCGGUCAGAAGCUGUGGUAGAAUACGUCUUCAGUGGCUCCCGCCUCAAGCUGUACAUGCCCAAAGAAACCUGCCUCAUCACAUUCCUUCUUGCCGGUAUUGAAUGUCCACGCAGUUCCAGGAAUAUGCCCGGGGGGAUGCAGGUGGCCGAGCCCUUCAGUGACGAGGCCAUGCUGUUCACCAAAGAGCUGGUGCUGCAGAGGGAGGUGGAAGUUGAAGUGGAGAGCAUGGACAAAGCAGGGAACUUCAUUGGCUGGCUGCACAUCGAGGGUGUGAAUCUGUCAGUGGCGCUGGUAGAAAACGCUCUGUCCAAGGUCCACUUUACAGCAGAGCGCAGUGCCUACUACAAAACCUUGCUCUCAGCAGAGGAGGCAUGCCGACAGAGGAAAGAGAAGAUCUGGGCCAAUUACGAGGAGAAGCCAGUCGAGGAAGUCGUGCAUCAAACAGAGGAGAAGGAGCGAGUGGCCAACUACAGACCAGUGUACGUGACCGAAAUCUGCGACACCCUGCACUUCUACGCCCAGGACGUCGAGACAGGAGGCCAGUUGGAGAGUCUGAUGGAGACCAUGAGAGCAGAGAUCGCCGCCCAGCCGCCAGUCGAAGGAUCCUACGCUGCACGCCGAGGGGACCACUGCAUAGCCAAGUUUGCUGAUGGCGAAUGGUACAGAGCCAGAGUGGAGAAAGUUGAGUCACCAGCAAAGGUUCAUGUCUUCUACAUCGACUACGGCAAUAGAGAAGUUGUGUCGUCCACCCGUCUGGCUGCCAUGCCCCCUGCCUUCGGCACCAGGACCCUGCCAGCACAGGCCACCGAGUAUGCCUUCGCCUUCAUCCAGGUCCCACAGGACGAGGACGCCCGUGCGGACGUGGUGGACUGCAUUGUGCGGGACAUCCAGAACAGCCAGUGCCUGUUGAACGUGGAGUACUCGGGUGCCAACUGCCCACAUGUCACAAUACAGUUCGGGGACACCAAGGAUGAUGUGGGUCUCGGCCUGGUCAAGGAGGGCUUGGUCAUGGUGGACGUCCGCAAGGAGAAACACCUGCAGAAGAUGGUGACAGAGUACCUGAACAGUCAAGAAUCUGCCAAGAGUGCCAGGCUCAACAUUUGGCGCUAUGGAGACUUCCGUGCAGACGAUGCUGAUGAGUUUGGUUUCAGCCGUUAAAAAAAAAAAGGAAAAAAGAAAACCGACCAUCCAAUCAACACCAUUCCAAAGACCAACAUGGACGGC